AUGCUCAUGACUCUGCAGCUCAGGCUGCACCCCACGUUCGUGAGACGGGCGGCUGAAGCUCAGUGUGCGAUCUUCACCGCCACCGGCGUGCAGGUGUCACUGGACGACAAUGAUGUUGCGUGGCCUGCAGCAGCCACUCGGUCUGACUGGACAAUGUACCAGUGGGACAUUGGCGAAUUUUAUGGCACAGUUACGAUCGAGAUCGACGAGAUCGACGCCCGCUGCAUACUUGCUCUUUACGUGAACCUACACUGCGGAGGGCCGCUUGUCGACGUCUUCACCCCCCACCCAGGCUCCCCCUCUGAAACACCUUUCCGGGUGUGCGUCGUCACCAGCGAUGAAUGCGCACCGGGGCGGCGAGAACGAAGGAAACGUUGGGAACGCCACGUUCCCACGCCUCGGCAGCUCUAUGACGAGUUGGGGCGCUGGGCAACCCCGCUCAAGGUUCACCUAGGGCGAUACCGAGUUGAAGUCGACAUUCAGAGUGAUGAUUCGACAUUCUCCGACCCCGAUUGGGAUGUCAAUUCGGCCGACGACUACGUCUACGGGUGGAACGCCUCCGUGGUGUUUCAAUCGGAGGCUGAGUACUGGAUCGCUCGGUUAGGGUCUGGUGGUCGGAUCUGCGGUUGGAAAGUCCUGUGGAAGAAGAGACUCAACGAUGACUCGGAGAUAGAGUUCGACCUAGACGUGGACUCGGAGAACGCUCGCGGUUUGACGGAGGUGCAUGGGCUGGAAAGCCUAGAGGGUGAGCCCGAGACCCCUUCUCCUGAUAUUUCAAACUCGACUCUGGCGGAUGAGCUGCAUCUACUGCGCCUCGAUCGUUCCAGCCCAAAGGGUUCCGACGAUGAACUCGAGGCUGCCGAUGUGAUCGUCAGCGCGCCCGAUCGCGAGGGUUGA